AUGAGCCCUGCUGCCCCGGCCAUGGCUACGCUGCACUGGGGAUACGACGAGCACAACGGGCCCUCUCAUUGGAAGGAGGUUUUCCCUGUUGCUAAUGGAGACCGUCAGUCCCCCAUUGACAUCAAAACCACAGAAGCCAAAUAUGACCCCUCUUUACGCCCUAUUAGUCCCAACUAUGAUCCAACUUCUGCUAAAGUCAUUCUCAACAAUGGACAUUCCACUAGUGUGGAAUUUGAUGAUGCAGAAAACAAAUCAGUGCUGAUAGGGGGACCACUUGCAGGAACCUACAGGCUGCGACAAAUUCACUUUCAUUGGGGCUCCAGUGAUGAUGCUGGUUCUGAGCAUGCAGUGGAUGGAAUGAAGUAUGCAGCAGAGUUGCAUGUGGUUCAUUGGAAUGCAGACAGAUAUUCCAGCUUUGUUGAGGCUGCUCGUCAGCCAGAUGGAUUGGCUGUCAUGGCUGUAUUUUUAAAGAUUGGCGAAUGUAAUCCUCAGCUAAAGAAAAUUACAGACCGCUUGGAUGCCAUCAGGGCCAAGGGUAAACGAGCCUUGUUCACAAACUUUGACCCUUCCUGUCUGCUUCCCCGCUCUCUGGACUACUGGACAUAUUUUGGCUCUCUUACUGUUCCACCCCUUCUUGAAAGUGUUGUCUGGAUAGUUCUCAGAGAGCCAAUCAGUGUUUGCUCUGAACAGCUAGCCAAAUUCCGCAGCCUUCUGUGUACUGGUGAGGGUGAGACAGCCUGCUACUUGCUGAGAAACUACCGGCCACCACAGCCUUUAAAGGGACGGGAAGUCAGAAGGAAUUAAAGGAGUAAAGCAAGAAUCUGCCACUGCUGAGACCAUUUAGGAAGCUGAAUUGAUUUUAAUAAUAUGCUUUUUAUGAGUUGUUAGAAUGAAUAGGUACCACUUAUUUAUAAUACUAUAUAGGUACUAUUAUAGUUACAAUGCAGUCAUUUUUGACAAAGCAAAGAUAUCCUGACUUGUAGCAGUUAUGCCAAUUUUACCUGGUUUGAAUGGGUUCAGCCCCUUUUGGUAUGCGUGUGUUGUGGCAUUGGAGCAGAGCUUACAGAACAACUUCCUUGCAGUCUGUGCAGGUGAAUACAAUCAUGAGCACUGAAUGUGAUUCUUCCAGGUUCUGAGUAACCCCUUCAAGACACUGAAUGUGGUUAAGCCUAUGACGACAAUGGGAGUUGAGAGUGUUUAUUCCUUUGCAAAAUUAAGUUCGGAUUUUAAAAUGUUUGGGGGGGGGCGGGGGAGGAGGGUUCCACACAUUGCAUCUUUUUAUUGCAUCUAGAUUGGCCCCUUUUUUUUGUUCCCAAGAAAAGAAUAAUUUAUCAAAGCUGGUAGGAUUUCAUUCCUGACCAUAAGCAAAGUGAGUGAUUGUAUAACCUUGGAGUACUGUGAUAGAUUCGCUAAAAUGUGAUAACUGCCAUUUAACACCAAAAGGUAGUCCCACAGUGCCCAUAUAUUAGAAGGUUCAUAUUUACCUGUGAAUCACCUUGAUCUUUAAUUAUUUGAAUGCAGUUUUCUUUAAAGUAAUUUUUUCUUUGGUUUUUAAUAGGAUAGUUUAAGGAUAUAAGUACCACCAGAAUUACCCUUCUCUUCCUACAAGGAAGAGGGAUGGAGAUCUCAGAAGCUACCUCCUACCAGUCUUGUUUCCCCCAGUUCCAUAUUGAAGCUUAUCUGCUAGGUGUCCACAGGUUUGGCAUCCUCUAUGGGUUUUAAAGAGAGCUAGAGAUUAAAGGAAGUAGAGCAGAAAGCCAGCUUCUACACUGCCAAGAACUACAGUAAUUGCCUUGCUGAUCCUAUGACAUUUUUACUUCAAAUUUAGUCACGAUUUAAUGCCACCCAAAGAAGUUAGUAAUGCCAACUGCAUUUCUCCAGGGCUGCUACAGAGAAGCCCUGGAAGAAACAGCUAAAAUUCAAACAACUCUUGCAAGAGUGGGAGGUAAUGCUAGAGAAGCUAUUUAAAAGAAAAGUCUUCUAAAAAUCAUGAGAUUGACUGCUUCUUUGUGUACAAUACCUAGCGCCUUGGGUUUUGUAGGUUUCUCCUUUUCACCUGGCCCUUGGUUUGAGGGAAACAUCACAAGCAAGAGUUGCAGAGUUUAGAUAGCUAGAUGUAGAUUUUCCUGAAACUCCAAUACUCCUUUCUAUAAGUAGACCGAUAAUUUAGCUUAGAUUAGAUAGGAAGAUAAAUACUAUAGUUUCUUUGUUGUUUCUUCCCAUUAAAAAUGGAGUCUUUUUCUGAGCUGGAGCUGAAAUUGUUUCUGUUGCUCAGCAUUGCAGAACAAUAUGCGGAGAGGGAAUGUAAGGAAACUGGCCUCAGAAAACAUAUGAAAGGCAGUAUAACAGAAGCUACUGGCCUGUAGGCAUGGCACAUUGUUGUCAGUCCAAGCAUCCUAGGAUGGACAGGAGGACAUAGGUCAGAUUAAAAGACCUCCGGAUGGUCCUGUCCAGAUAAGGUCUUUUCUUGAUAGAUGUGUGUGUGCAUGCAUAUGUGUCUGUAGGGUAUAAUUGCUGGUGUGUAUGCAUUUUUUCACUUUCUUUUUUUGACCUGUUACUGCAUCUGAUAUGUUUCCCUAUCACCUGAGUAGCUGCAGAACAUCAAGAAAGAAACGUUUACAAAUUGUGUAAAAGGUUCUAAAGAAGUGAUUUGCCUGAGGAAAGAAAAUAAGGAAGCUACAGCUGCGUUUGUCCAUGUUGGAGCCAAAAAGAAAGUUUUUUCUUAGAUGUUUUCAGUGUAUUGAAAAUAAGUAGUUAAGUUGAUCCAGUGGUUUGAUACUUCUAAGGAUUUCACCAAAUAAAAACAGAUGUUGUGAGCGUGUCUUCUA